GUCUAAGUUACAAAAUUGACCAUGGCUUGAAAUUAUAAGUUCGCUAUAAUAUAAGAAGACACAUGAGAUUUACAUAUUUCACUAAUUGUAUAGAAAACACAUUGCUUAUAGAAACAAACACACAGACAAUAUUAAAAUGAAACCCAGUCAAAUUCCCCAAAGCAACAGAAAAUCACUGAGGAUUAAAAAUAAAGAAUCUGAAAGUCUUUUAGAAAGUGCACCUGUGCAAAAUAAAAAACAAAAAGUUAGCUUGAAAUCAAGUAAAGGAUUGCCUAAAGAGGAAAUCACAAAUACCACCUUUGGCGACACUGUCGGUAAGAGAAAGGUAGCCUCCAAAUCUAAAUCUUUUCAAUUGAGCUUGUCAAGUGGCCAACAGAGAGCAGAAAGCAAAACAAAGCAUCUGGAUGAAAAUUUUCUUCUUGAUAUAUAUCACAAGCGGUUAAGAACCCUUAAAGGCAUGAUGGGUUUUACAGAAGAUAUUCAAGUUUUUCAUACACUUUGUGAUCGCUUUGAAAAACUAAGGGACACAACUAAAGCCGUUGGUAUGUGUAAAUAUAUGAGAAAUCAAUUUGAAUACUUUGGCAUUCCAACUCCUCAGCGCAGAGAUGUAUACAAAAAUCUGUGGAAAGAUGUUAGACUACUUAACUCAUCUGAAUUAAGAACACUGGCUUGUCAAACAUGGUUUUCACCAGAGAGAGAGUUCCAGUAUUUUACUGCCGAGUUAUUAGAGAGGGAGGUCCUUAGAAUCUAUUCAGAUGAUAACCAAUCCCCUGAAAAUACUGUUUUGAAAGCAUUGGAUUUUGUGAAGACUUUUUUGCUUCAUGAGAAAAGCUGGUGGGAUACAGUUGACACUUUAGCCCCCAAAGUUGUAGGACAGUUAUACAAACAGUCUCCAGAUGUCGUAGGACCCGUAUUGGACCAGUGGAAUGUGGAUAGAAACCGCUGGCUGUGUAGGACAUCUAUUAUUUUCCAGCUUGGUUAUAAAGCUGAUACAGAUGCAGAACGAUUGUUUAGAUACUGUUUAAAGGUGGGCAAUGAGGAAGAGUUUUUUAUUCAAAAAGGCAUGGGAUGGGCCUUAAGGGAAUACCACAAGACAGAUCCUGAGGCAGUACGCAACUUUGUGUUAAAGAACAAAAGCAAAUUGUCAGCUUUAAGCAUUAGAGAAGCUUUAAAGCAUGAUAAAUGAUCAUACUGUGUAUGUUUGUGCUACUAUAUAAAGAGACUGUUACCAUAAGUAUGUACAGGAUAUAAAUACAUGAAUACAAUUGUAAUUUAUAAGUUUAUUGUGUAUAGAUUUUGUAAACAUGUAUUAAGGAAAAUACUAUAUUUUUAAUAAAUGCUUUUGUAAUAUAGAAUAAUAAACAACGAAUAACCAUAUUAAGUUUUAAUAUAAUCAUAACAUUUGUUAAUGUUGCUUUGUUGAAAAUAAUACAUUUCUAUACAAAAAAUUCUA